AUGCAAAUCAAAGUCAAAACAUUAACAGGGAGAGAUAUUUUAGUAGAUAUUGAACCACAGGAUAAGAUUAUCAGAAUUAAAGAAAUGAUGGAAGAAAAAGAAGGUAUUUCACCAGCACAACAAAGAUUGAUCUUCAAUGGCUCACAAUUGGAUGAUGACAAAACUGUUCAAGAAUCUGGUAUUCAAGCAGGAGCUUCGUUACAUUUGGUAUUGACAUUGAGAGGAGGUAAUUGA